CGCCGCACAGACGUUUGUAAACGCGGUAGUGUUAGCGGAAAGCUUAGCAAGGAAGGACGCAUUCCGUGUGUAAUAAGUGUUGAAUCUUACCGUGUGUUCCAGUUACUAAAAUAGCCUAUUGAAUGAAUGUUACGUGUGUGCUGCAUCUUGCGUUCGUGUGUUCCUUCCGCCCGCUGAAGCAAGCGUACCAGGCGUUAACUUAUGCGUGACAGACCUCUUUUAACCUAGCUUUCCCUUCGCUCUCUUCAGCACGUCUCUGUCUGCCUUGGCGAAAUUUACAUCAUGCAAGGAAUGUAUUCUGAUAAAUACAAAAAAUUCGCUCCUAUUGCUGCCAUAUUUCGUGCACGCACUCGCACGGAAUGUAGGAACCGCAGCCGACGCCUAUUCCCGUCGUAAAUUGCGCAAACGUAGAAAUGGAGGUAUAAAUCGCGCAAUAUCAAGAAGCACCUGCUUUCGUGUCACACUGAAGUCGCGGUGAUCUCGUGAAAUCACUAUGAGGCCUACGUACAGUGUAUAUUCACCCCAAUCGUGCUGAACAAUGCUCGAACCAAGACAUGCACUCACAGAAACUCUGUCCGUGUGGAUUUCCAUUCGGCGAUGUGAAAUAUUAGGUGGUUUCUUGAUUGGCGCGUCCUGUUCACGUGCGAAGAUAUGACCCUAUUCAUUUCGCACAUUUCAAGUGGGUGUUAGCCCCACACACUGGAUUGUGACAUGAAGGCGAACCGGUUUACAACUUGCGAGGAAACUACUGCCUCUGGCCGCUGGCGAGUCGCGAACAGCUAGCUGCCUGCGAGGGCACUUUCCCAUAGUCGGUUAGUUUUGAAUGCAAACGUAAUCCGGUACUUCGAUUAGACGAUCAUUCAAAAGAAUAUAAUAUCACGCCUUCGUUGAAUGAGCCUUCUUCCAGGGCGGAAAACAAUCAACACUUCCGUCGCGCGAUUUUCGGUCAGGGUUACAACGGAAUGCGAAACACUUUCCGUGUCUUUCUGUGGCGCCGUGGCGCAGAAAUGAAUCUUUGCAUUAUCUGGCAGCGGACCAAUAAAACAAGAAAGCUUUCAUUUCUUCUUUCACUGCCUAGAUAUACUUGGCACGCUUGGCACCAUUACCCAAGCCCAUCCCAUGCCAUAUGUCAUGUCCAACUUUGCCUGCACCGACAAAGCCUCUGAGCAUCGAAAAAAAAUUAAGGAAGCGCUGCUCUGAGGUUCUGUGGCCUCCGAGACUAGAGAUGUAGAUAAUCUUAAAGGCGUCUCCCUGCCUCCUAGAUCGACAACUUCGAGCCCUUCGAAUUCACCUCUUCUCGGAAUGUAUUCCUCAUAGAGUUAGUGGUAUUCCUUAUGCGACUUAUUCAUUGAUGCUCAUCUUAGUAUGCCCUCCGAGUGAUUGGCAAAGAAUGAAACGGCAUAAAGCACGAUGAGUCACGGUUUUUUUUUUUUUUUUUGCAUAGAUAAUCUAUUGAGGCUACGUUCACACUUGGGAAACGGCAAGCGGGCGGAAAAGCCAAAGCGACCGGAAAAUCUUUUCCCCGCAUGUACGAGAUGUUCACAUUUGUUUCGCCACUGCAGCGGAAAUCACUGCCGCUUUCGCCCACAUCCAUCUAGUUUGCGUAUGUUUGUCCGCGUGGUGGCUCUGUUCAUUAUACGAUUUCAAGACAAACGUUCAUUCAUUGGCCCAUCAGUUACUAAAGCUAUCAUUUCGCGCAAUUGCGUGUGUCGUUUCUAACUUUAGUCUACCAUGGAAGAUAAACAAGACAUAGUUUUGAUAGCUUUAGCUAGUUGCUUUUUCUAAAAAUAGACAAUGAACAACGAAAAAUUAAAUUUCACGACCGGAUGUUUACAUGUUAGUGCAGCUUCCGGUGAAGCGGAACCGUAGCGGAGCCGUUUUCCGCUUCGCCGUGGCGAAAAAACUCGGACCGAUUUUUUCGCCGCCUGGUUUUCCACCCGUUUUUCCGCCUAGGCGGGCGGAUUUUGUCAAGUUUGUGUGAACGUAGCCUCGCAUCGUAACGGGAUUCCGGACUUCGGAGCUCACUCUAUGGAUUUUCCGCUUUAGUUGCAGUCACGUGCUCCGAGUUUGUUUCCGGCAUGCGCUUCCCCGGCAAGGUUAUCGUCCGAAUGCGAGUAAUACAAUUAUUGUGUGUUACAUUCUUACCGCGAUGGAAACGUAAAUAUGUGAUCUGAAAACUCCGUUAAUAAGUCAAUAAUUGCAUUUGAUUCACCCGAUCUUUCUCCGAUGACAGUAAGCCGUGAUCAACAGAACAAGUGGCAAAAGAAGAAGAAGAAUGUUGCUGCAGGAAGUCGCCAACCAGUUCAGUGACUCAAACCGUGAUGUCAACGGAGACACUGAAUUGCGGUUCUUGCCUGAUCAUGCUCGUUUGCGACUGACGAGUGUUUUGGACGCUGGUGAUGGCUGGAGAAAGGUACUGCACCUAAUCACUCAUCCAGAUGACCCUGGCAGAAUGCUCUUCAACGCUGAUCACGCAAGGGUUCUCGAGAACUACACAAGAGGAAGCCGCAGCGACGAAAUAUUAAAGACAUGGAGCACGACAGGGCGUAAUCGACCAAAGAUAUCGGACUUGGUCUACUUGCUGAAACAAGCAGAACUUCACAGGGCAGCUUCGAUCAUCGAAGUCAACGUGCUGCAACAGGUACCUGGCGAUGACGAAGCCAACCUUGAAGAUCUUCUACAGGAGCCUGACUUAGGGCCACCGCCACCUCCGCCAUUAGAAAAUUGCGAUGAUGAGGUCAUGGACAGCAUAAUCAACGAAACGCCCCGAUUCAGGUAUGACUAUCUGGCACGAGCAACCGGCAACUUCUGUAAUGUGCCAUUGUCCGAGGGAGGCUUCAAAGUGGGAGAAGGAGCUUUCGGAGUUGUAUACAAAGGCACAUUACCAAAUGGGACAGCAGUAGCUGUGAAGCGCAUGAAGGAAUCCCUUCCAGAACAGUUUCUCACUGAAGUAAGACUGCUGCGAAGGCAUUCUCAUCCAAACUUGCUGCCUCUCAUCGGAAUUUGCUAUGACGGUGUGGACUGCUGCUUGGUUUAUGAAUUCAUGGAGCUAGGAUCCUUGCAGUCGUGCCUUGCGAGAGAAACCUGUCCAAUGUACUGGAAAAGGCGCGUGACCAUACUGACAGAAGUUGCUGCUGCCAUCCAUUUCCUGCACACUCGCACACCCAGUCUUAUUCAUAGGGAUGUGAAGAGUGCCAACAUACUCCUGGACAAUAACUGGACUGCAAAGCUGGGAGACUUUGGACUGACAAGGCCUUUGUCAGGGGACAGUACUACAAGAACAGAGAUAGUAGUAGGGACAACUGUCUACAUGUCACCAGAAGCAUUCACUGGCACAAUCUCCCCCAAAAUGGACACGUUUAGUUUUGGUGUGGUCAUCAUGGAGGUGCUGACAGGCCUGCCACCGUACACGAAUGCAAGAGGAGACAUUUUUGGCCUUUGUCAAGCAGCGAAAACAGCGGUGUCUCUUUUACUAUGCACCUGCUGUAGAAACUUCCCGACCAUUCCUAGUACAUCCUGUUCCUCUAUUGCAAAAUAAACUGAUCAUUUAUAUUUAAAAAAAAUGGCUUUGUACUUAUUUG